AUGCUACUUGCACUUGACUUCUUUUUGCAAAAAUCUAUGUUCUAUCCGCUUUGGAAGGUUCUCGAUGAUGCAAGAACGACUGACGCGAAAGAAACACUGUACAAAAAAACUUGAAUACGAACGUUGUUGGAAAUCAAAUCAUUAGUUUCACAAAUAGAAUUCAGUUACGUUAUAUAAAAUAUAAGUUACAGUUUCUAUUUGAAAAAGUUGAUUGUAUGAAAUAUAUUUUCGUACAUGAAAAGUAUAGUUUUACGUUCGUAAAAUCGUAAGUUUUUACGUUCAUUUCUGCACGGUUAAAAUAUUUUCAUUAAUAUAUGAAUAUUUAAUAUUAAUACAUAAUAUUUAGUAUUUUACAUCGUGUCAAUUUCUAAUAUUUGAUGAAACACUUUAAUUCCAGUUCUUUAUGCUUUUUGUAUCUUUGAGUGUCUGACCUUAAUGGUAUUGCUUCACUAGUUUUGUUGUCUUACAAUCACUUCGUUUAUUUGUUAUCUCGAACACAUUAAUUAGAAACAGUUUUUGAUGCGUCAUCCUCUUCAAAUAUAUAUUAGUUAAUGUAUAGAUAAUUUUAGAAGAAAUACAAAUUACUUCUUUUUAUUAAAUUAUUGUUUAACAAAUAAUAUACGAUAUCUAGAUAAUACGAAAAAUAAAAUUAAAAUUUAUAUAACAGCGAUAAGCCAGAGGUUAGACUGAACAAGGUUCAUUAUUUUGUCUUAUAGGUGAAACAAACUCGAUAAUUUACAAAAUUCGAAGUAUAAAAUAAAAUAAUUUUUAAUUAUUGAAUAUAUAUAAUAAUUUUUAUACUUUUAUAAUUUUUAUUGUAUAAUUAGAAGAUGUGACUUUCUGUAAAGAAAAUUUUAAGAAAUACAUGUUAUUCCGUUAUUGCAUAAAUUUAUGUUAUAUCAAUUCCUUUUUUGUUACACUGUCACAAAUAGAUAAAUAAUCUUAUGUGAAAUAGGAAAAACAUAUCAUGCAUGAUUUGGCUGUUUAAAGUUGUUAUUUAUAUUUUUAUAAUGUUUUUAUAUUGUAAUAUAUGUAUAAUGUUUAUAACAAGUCAUUGUACAAAAUAAUUUUUGAUAAUUGAUUGAGCUGCAUAAAAUACUUCCUACUUUGUUUUAUUAAUAAAUAUAAUAUAAUAUAAAUUUCAUUCUUACUAAUAAAAGUUUCAUUUCUCUCUUUGUUGUAGAAACAUAAUCAUGCCAGUCCCAGCACUUCAGAAACCUGCUCCUGCUUUCCAUGGUACUGCUGUUGUAAAUGGAGAAUUUAAAGAGAUUUCUCUUUCUGACUACAAAGGGAAAUAUCUUGUACUAUUCUUUUAUCCAUUAGACUUUACAUUUGUUUGUCCAACUGAAAUCAUUGCUUUCUCUGAUCGUGUUCAAGAAUUUGAACAAAUUGGUUGUAAAGUCGUUGCUGCAUCUACUGAUUCUCACUUCAGUCACUUAGCAUGGGUAAAUACUCCACGUAAACAAGGUGGUCUUGAUCUGUUGAUGAGACUCUGCGUUUAGUUCAAGCAUUCCAGUAUACUGAUAAACAUGGAGAAGUGUGUCCAGCUGGUUGGAAACCAGGAAAGAAGACUAUGAAGCCUGAUGUUGUUGGCUCUAAAGAAUAUUUCAAAGAUCAAUAA